ACGAAAAAUACCAAAACCCUUUCCAAUUUGAAACCCCACGAGAAGGAGACCAGUAGUCAUGGCCACUGCGGAUGAAGAAGAAGGAAAGGUGGUAAUGGUGAGGAUAGGAUCGUACGGAGGGAAGGCGAGGGUGUUAUUGGUUGGAGAAGAAUCAGCUGCGGAGGAGACCAUGCUGCUCUGGGGAUUCCAACAGCCGACUCUCUCCAAACCAAACGCAUUCGUCUCCCAAUCCUCUCUCCAACUUCGACUCGACGCAUGCGGUCAUUCUCUCUCCAUUCUCCAGUCCCCUUCUUCCUUGGGUACGCCUGGAGUUACUGGAGCAGUGAUGUGGGACAGUGGUGUUGUGCUGGCGAAGUUUCUAGAGCAUGCUGUGGACUCAGGGAUGCUUCUUCUUCAGGGCAAGAAGGUUGUUGAAUUGGGCUCUGGCUGUGGAUUAGUUGGCUGCGUUGCAGCUCUUUUGGGUGGUCAAGUUAUCCUUACCGAUAUGCCUGAUAGACUAAGGCUACUGAAGAAGAAUGUUGAAGCCAAUCUGAAACAUGGGAAUGUGCGGGGUUCUGCAACAGUUAUGGAACUUUUAUGGGGAGAUGAUCCUGACCAGGAGCUAAUUGAACAAAAACCUGAUUAUGUGCUGGGCUCAGAUGUAGUCUAUAGUGAGGAAGCAGUGGCAGAUUUGGUGGCUACCCUACUGCAACUCUGUGGAUCUGAAACAACCAUCUUUUUGUCCGGUGAACUUCGAAAUGACGCUAUCCUUGAAUACUUUCUGGAAGUUGCAAUGAAGAGUUUCACAGUUGGACGUGUGGAUCAGACACAAUGGCAUCCAGAUUAUUGCAGCAGCCGUGUUGUUUUAUAUGUUCUAGUGAAGAAGUGAUAGAGAGAAUGAAGAUCUGAAGUUCAAGUCCUCUUUUGUAAUUGGGUAAUUAUAUCUGCAUAGUUAUGCACUUUUAGGCCCUUGGACUUUAGUUCAACUGAAUGCAAUGAUAAAGGGUACGGUUUGGAUAGAUUGGGGUAAGUUGGUUCAAAAACUCUUACUAAUCACCAAGAUGUGAGGAAAUAGUGUUGUACACUAGCCAUUCAAGAAGAUGAGAAGAAACAUAUUUUGACUUUGCUUAAUGCCUUAUGAGCAUGCUUGACAGGAGCUGAUAAAAAUUUCCUUGGUGGAAUCUGCCCAAUGAGAUUUAAUUGCUGCCUGUAAGUGGUCAUUUAAUAAUUUUUUUGCCAACGCCUUUGGACCAAGUGGCACUAAUCCUUCUUUAUUAGCGUAAGCUGCAGAGUUCUGGAGUUUGAACCUGGCCAUUAGAGUGGGGAUGAGCAAGGUGAGUAGGCUCACUGAAAAGAAGAAUGUGUAUAUAUUCUCUUAAAACGAUUGUAAUUGUUUGACAUGUAUGCCUAUUUGUAUUACUUGGUGA